AUGCCGUUAUUCCUGAAUGUAUGGGGUCCGACAAUCAGUUUAAAGAAGGAUGGUAUUAAGUCUGUUCCUGUUUGGAUCAAGCUUCAUAAUGUUCCUCUUGCUGUUUACACGGAUGAUGGUCUUAGUCUUCUGGCUUUGAAAGUUGGUGUUCCCAAGAGGUUAGACGCUUAUACAGCUGAUAUGUGUAUUGAUAAUUGGGGUCGGACCAGUUAUGCUCGUGCUUUGGUGGAGAUUAAUGCAGAAAACGAAUUGAAGAAUCAUGUAGUAGUUGCUAUGCCGAAAAUGGAUGAAGAGGGUUUUGUAAAGGAAAACAUUAAAAUAGAAUACGAGUGGAAACCGCAUCGAUGUGAUACUUGUCGUUUAUUUGGCCAUAAUAAUUCGUCAUGCCCGAGAACUCCGAAGGAUAAAGCAAAACAGGUUAUUAUUGAUGAGGAGGGGUACAUUAUGGAUAAAAGGAAAACAGCAAAGUAUGGUUUUCCACAGAAAAAGCAAAAGCCGAAGUUCAUGUACAAGCCUAAGUCUAAUUCUGCGGGUGCUAGUACCUCAGGAACGAAAGAUCAGCCGGAAGCCAAAAGAGUUUCCUAUCCUGUGGACACUCAAAAUAAGUUUGAAAGUCUAGCAGAUGAUUCUUUGAAAUCAGGUACAUUAAAUGAGCUGCAUUCUGAGGAUCCGAUUUAUGAGAAGAUUGAUGGAACAGGGAGUAGCCGAGUUGUUAAGAGUUCAAAACAACCAAAUCAGAGUAAUGCUGAGGAGGAGGGUUUGUUGACCCUGUCCAAACGGAAGUUUCGUCUUUUAUGA